GAUUGUGCGCGCGUCAUUCAAAAACUCAAAAUGGCAAGUGGUGAUUACGAAAAAAAGGAAUUAAAAUGCCCUCCGAAAAAUCCAUGCGUGGUUAUAAGACACCUCGUGGACUUAAUAGAGCAUCCAAUUUCGCAAAAUGCGACUGAACGACAUUUGCAACUCCUGAAUGAAUUUUUAAAUGCCUCGCAUUACGCUUUUUGGCUUCAAGACAUCCCGUUUAUCAUCCGCUUGUACGAAAGCAUUGUCAGAAAAAUUGAGAAAAUCCCCCAGUACAAGCAACCUCUCGAAUGCUUGUUAUAUUUCAGCGCAAUUCCGCCCAUGCUGACACGAAAUUCAGACAAACUGGAGUUUGCAAGAGACUUUCAGGAAUAUUUUUCAGUCUUGGGUUAUUUAAUUUUAUGCUUACAUGACGACAACUUGAAAAAACUGGUCUUAAACGCAAUCAGGAAUUUAUUACAACCGAAACUACCGAUCGGUUAUUGUUGCGCUCCGGUUGAUUACUGUAAAGACGCGGCGGAAAAGAGCCGCCUCCCGGAAGUCCUAUCCCAACUCCUGCAAGUCCUAUCAAAUAAAUUAUACCCCUGGCUACUAGACCUAAUGUUUCUCCUUUGUGAAAUUUCCCCAGGAGUUUGUGAAAAAAUGGUAGCUGAAAACGCCAUUGAAUACCUCCUGCAACGACUGGAACCGACUUGGCACGAACGAGAGCCCCAAAUUAAACCGAAAAACCCAUCCUCGAAAGACAAUAUCCCGAUCAUGGACGACACUUGUUGCAUUUUAUGGAAAUUGUUAAGUGUUGUCGAUGGUGAAAAAAACAAUGUUCAAAACCCGUCACUUUUCGCGUUAUGGAGUCUGCAAUAUGCCUUCCGGUGGUCAAAUGUGUGUCCCGGACACCGCGUCAAUCGAAACAACUUAACAGCACUUAUUUUAAAAAUCAUGGUCACUUUUCCCACCAUGGAGUUCAUUGAAAGUGGUCUGGGUGAAGAUAUUGCAGUUUUGGCUCUGUCGACGGCCGGAUUUGGAUACCAGUCCAAUUUGCAAUUCACAGAGGAUGAGCUCGACUUUCAAUUCAAGAAAAUUAUCUGGGCUUGUUUACACUUUUUUCAACAAUAUGAGAGUACAGAGGUGUUGAAACAAAGUGAUUUAGUUAAAGCAUUCACAAAGUGUCUUUUUCACGAACACACAACGGCCAAGGACCACACUGAAGAGUUUUGCGAAUUGACCAAAAUUAUACUCAGAGUCAUACCCAAAUAUUUGCCAUGUUCGAUUGAGAAAUUCAUUGAAGUCAACGGGCCACUCAAAAUUGUCAAAGUAAUCGAAGGAUAUUUGCUCAAAACAUACGAAACGGAAGUUCUAGAUUGUUACAUAUUUUGUUUGUGUGAAAUGUUGUUGCAAAAAAACGCCAAUGUUGUCAAAAUUCUUGGCGAAAAUAACACCAGCGACGUUAUUCUAGCUGUUUGUGGCAAAAUUUUAGCAGUCGGUAAAUCCCUCACGAAAUUCUACCAAAAAAUCCUAUCUCGAGGAUUCACCAUUUUGCAAUUACUUUCGCCCACAAACGAGUCAAUCACUUUAUGUAUGGAUUUCCUGAAUCGGGUGAUUCACCCGAAUGAGAAUGACCCCCUCAUUGACGUCAGAGUGACAGUUUGCGCCCUCCAUCUCCUGUGGUGUGUCCUCGCCUCAAACUCCUCCUACUUCGAUUUUGUGAAAAAGGGGGGUAUUUACCUCCUACUUGACAUCACCGCAUUGUGUGCUUCCCCCGCGAAGGUUCUUUCGCUCGGUGUUUUGGCCGACACCGCACAGAGGGCCUUCGCCAUCCCGUAUUUCAUCACUUGGCGCAAAAACGGGCAAAGAUUGCUUCCGAUGUUGAUGGAGACCUUCCGAAAUGAGCAAAUGACUUGUCAAAGCAUUGAAAAUGGAAAAAAUGUGUGGUUGGUGUUGUGCGCCGGUCAAAAAAUUGCAUUCCGGCCUGAAUGUUUAUCCAAAGAGCAGCUUUUGGAAAGCUGCAGGUGCAAAAUUCACGCCAUUUUGUACGCCUUAAAAGUGAAAUUCAAAGAGAGUGUUGAAGUGGCCGAUGAAUACUACAAACUCUUCAGCGAAAAAUUAAAACCAGACGAUGAGCUGACGAUGUUAUUCGCCGAAAACUACUCCUCGCUGAAGAUGUGCCAGACUUGGAUUCGGGUGUUUAAACAGCUACAAAGUGAGGGAAUCACCCCUGUGGAGGACGACAACGAACAUUUGAACGAAAAAAUCGAACGGAUUCGGCAAUGGAAACACUACCUCCAAUACAAAAUCGGACAAAUUGUCCAAAAAGAAAGCCAACAAGUAUUUUAUUCCUUUUUGGUAACAAAAAUUCAACGAUUUUUUGAGGACCACUUCAACGAGUUGCAAACUUACACAACUUUGAAAGAGGCAAGACUGUCGGACGCUUUAGACGGGUUGAAAGAAUUGAGUUACAUUUCAAACUGCACUGAAACGAUGUUCCAAAUUCGGAAAAAAUUGAGACUGCAGAAAGAAGUUGAGGUCGUGCGCUCGAAAAACACCAAUUUUCAUCGCACUAUUUGUGAGGGACUAUUUACGAAUGUUUACAAUCAGAGUAUCAGUAUUCAGAGCAAUGUUGUUUUUGAUAAGAAAGACGAUCAAAGUCCCCCCAGUCCCGUUUCAUUGGAAGACAAUCAACGAUUGAGUGACUCAGUGUCUGAACAUGAUCUGAGUGAAUAUGAGUUGCAAUGCUAAUUUUAUUUUAUUAAAGAUAUACAAAAAAUAUUACGUUGAAUUGUUUAUAAUGAAAUAAUUGACUUUUAAA